CUUCAUGACCCUACCUAUUCAUUUGACUGAUUCGUUUCAGGCUCGCAACGUCCUUUUCGUCCUUUUCAUCCUUUUUCAUCCUUUCACGCGUCUUCGUCUUAGUCCUUCGUCAACUUGACCAUGCUGACUUGAUCAACCCUCACUUGAACCGUGCUAUUUGGAGAACAGGCGAUAGUUUACUGUUUACGUAUGCAGACUAUGACCUCGGCACAGUGAAGUCAUAGUCAUCCACCAUCGACCAUUUCAACGACCUGUGAGAGUUACGUUAUGUUACUUUUGUCUUGAACAGCAACAUGGCUUCUGAAAAGCCUUCGGUCACGUUACCCUCUUCCAAUCAGACUGCACGCCAUGUUAGUCCUUCGCCUCAGGGUCUUAGGCAACGCCCCUUGGGCAGAGCAACGACAUUUGCAGAAGGUCAUACACCACUGAACCGUCGUCCCAGUUCUUUUAUCUCAGAGACUUUGUCGGAGACGAGAAGGUCCCUACGGUCUUCCACUGAUGACAUUUUUCUCCCUAGAGCAAAGGGACAGGAUGACCUUCAGGACAAUGAAGACAAUACUCACUGGCAAUCCGCGCCUCUAGUGCUCGCACUUCUUCCCGCCGUGGGUGGCAUGUUCUUCACCAAUGGCAGUGCCUUCAUCACAGAUGUUACCCUACUCGCCCUAGCCGCCAUCUUCAUGAACUGGGCUUUAAGAUCGCCAUGGGACUGGUAUCGUGCUGCUCAAGCCUCCGUCAUUGUCGAGCCGACCUCACCCUCGAUAUUCUCUCCCAUUGAAGAGGACAGCGAGCACGAACUCCGCACAGACGGGGCGACUUCUGCAGUCUCUGACCAACCCACAGCCAAAGUACGCCCAGCCCUUCAAAUCAACACUCAUCAAAGAGCCGAUGCGUCGGCUGCCCAAAGGGAACUCCGAUUUCAUGAAUUAAUUGCUUUGUUCUGCUGCUUCGCCUGUCCUUUGAUGGCCGCGUGGCUUCUGCAUACCAUCAGGUCUCAGUUGACACGGCCAUCGGAAGGAUUGGUCUCAGACUAUAACCUCACCAUCUUCAUUCUUGUGGCUGAAGUUCGCCCCUCAGCUCACCUGAUCAAGUUGAUUCAACGAAGAACCUUGUCGGUACAGAGACGGGUUCACGUUGAUAGUCUAUUCGACUCUAAGAGGGCCGAGAGACAACAGCUACGCGAAUUAUCCAGCCGACUUGAGGAGCUAGAGGCACAUGUAGCCAACCGCAUUGCUGGAACUGAUCCUCAAAAUGUCUCCAACAGCGAAGACCUUGCCGCCAAAGCCUCUGCACUAGCCACAUCAGAUGUCAAGAAGACAGUGCAACCUGAACUUGAUGCCCUCAAUCGGGCGAUGCGGAGAUACGAGAAACGAAUCACCAUCUCCUCAGUUCAAGUCGAGGCAAGGCUGCAAGACCUAGAAGGUAGGUUGAACGAUGUGGUUGCGCUUGCAGCUGCGGCUCAACGCCACGCUGACCGCAAAUCGGACAAUUAUGCCAACACUCUUUUCAACUGGGUGUGUGCCACUGUGGUGGUGCCUGUGCAAUGGGCGGUGUAUGUUUCAAGUAUACCGGGCAAGGUUUUGUCCAGUGCAACAUCAAGCUUGGGGACGUUCUUUAGCAAGACAGCACCUAAAGAUGCCAAGGCAUCUGCAUCGAGAGAGCAACGCUCAUCACGGAAAGGCACGUCGAGUCGGAAUGGGGAAAGAGAAAGAGAGCGAGAACGAGAGCGAAGAGUGAAAUAGCGAUUCUGAUACCCUCUUGAUGCUGAUACCCGCAGGCGAAUGAUUGGCUUCCUUUGUCAUUGGUUAUUAAGGUACCUACCUAUCAAGAUCUGGCGAGUUCCGUAACGAGUUUUAUAUAUUUCGGACUUGUAUGAAGAUACCCUACCUUAUCAAGGCGAUCUAUAUAUGUAGUAAUGACAAA